ACCACUGCUGAAUGAAUGACGAGGCAGAUUGCCUUUGAAGAUGCGAUGGGGGAGGAAGGGAUGGUUCUGAAAGCAGUGUUCCAGGCUCUUCAGAAUCCAAGACUAAGUACCCAAGGCAAAUGCUCAAAAGAACUGUGGGGGGGAACCAGCUUUUUCAAGACUGGGUCACCAGCAGCAGUAUUUGAAUUUUUCCCAAGUAUGCACACAAGAGUCGCGCUGUACUGGGACAGAGGCCAGAUUGUGGGAGAGGUUUGUACCGAGAUCGAGCUUGAUCUGGUGGUGCCAAGGGGCAGAUGCGGUUCAAGGGCGACGUCAGAUACAAAGCAGACUGCAACAGAUGCAGAGUCAGUUCCUGAUCAAGAAACUUGCAGCUGCUCCCAGCAGAUCAAUUGCUCGGUGCCCAGAACAGUAAUAUCCUGUACCAGGAUGGAUGCUGUGUGCUCUAGGUGUCUCGAGAGAUUGGGUCUAUUCUUGAGCAAAUGCGAUUGUUUGGGGGUUGGUUGCAGAAAGAUGUGGCGUUGACGAUCAAAGUGGUGGGGUGAAGUGGUGGCGGUGGGAUGGAAUUCCAGACGCGUAGGUGGGUGGGCAAUUCAGGUGCAGAUGGUUGAAAGGGCUGCUGGAAUGCUUCAGGGAGAUGCUAAAUAAGUUUGUCUGAUUGAUAAUGUUGAAAUUGAACCUAGGGGCGGAG